CGCGUGUGUGUGUGAGUGUUCCGAGCACGGGCAGCAGUGCACGAAGAAUAUGUAAUUUGUUGUGAAAAUCAAUUGAGUAUCGAAAUAAAUAGAUUCAAUUGCAAAAUAUAGUGAAAAUGUGUAACUAAACAGACAAACGCAACUGUCCACCACGAAUGUCAACAGUAAAGAAAGCGUGGUAUAAACAGACAAAAGGGAAUACAGACAAAAACAAACAGAAACAACUCGCAAGAAUUUGAAAUUCAACGUUCCUUUAUGCGCUCUGCGUUAACUUGAGACUGACAACUGUCAACUGACCAACCCGACCCGAUCCGAUCUGAUCCGAUCCACUGGGCAUUGGAAAUUUGAAAGUUGGAGCGUUUUUCCAAUCGAGUGCCGCCUGCUAAACAUGGGCAAACGCAUCGCUUCGGAGCGCCAGCAACAAACGGAAACGAAUAAAACACAAGCACGGAAACGCAAGCGUCCAGCUGUUAAAGCCUCCCGGGUGGAGAAGUGCCAGCGCCUGAGCGCUGACAAUAACAAUUUUGAUUGGCACGAAAACGAUGACGAGGACUCCUCAUCAUCCGGCUCGGCGAACGUAGCUCUAUUGCAAACACCACAGCCGCAGCCGCAGCCAGCGCCGACAGGAGCACCACGUGGCCAGUGUCCGGUCAACUCGCGUGCAUCAUUGCUAUCCCUGGCCACAUUUGCCAGCGGCGGCUUCAGCGAUCACAACAAUUCCAAUGCAACCGAAUCACCGCGCCCGGUUUACACACUACGCCCGUCCGUAGUCAAUGGCACCAUCCUAAGGGAUGUGCUCUCCAAGGCCUGGCGACUGGGACGACCCAUAGGCAAGGGCAACUUUGGCGAGAUAUUUCUUGCCUCGGAUGACACUGUUUGCCCGGUUAGCUCGGAGAGCGCCAAAUAUGUGGUCAAAAUCGAGCCACACUCGAAUGGGCCGCUCUUCGUGGAGAUACAUUGUCUCAUCAAUACCAAUCAGACGCAGCAGAUUACGAAUGGCAGCGAGGCGUGCAGCCUGGCGCAGUUGCCGCCAACAAUUAGCCAGGGUCCGCCCACAGGCAUUCCGAGCUACAUAGCCUCGGGCACACACUACUUCGGGGAUGGGCGCUAUCGGUUUCUGGUGCUGCCGCGCUUUGAUCGGGAUCUGCAUUCGUUGAUCAAGAAUGCGCGUGUGGCGCAAAAAUCUCUGCUGGUGCUGGCCAUAAACAUUAUCAAUGUGCUGGAGCAUCUGCAUGACAAGGGCUAUUGCCACAACGAUAUCAAGGCGCAGAACCUGAUGAUAUCCAAGUGCAAGUACCUCAAGCGGCAGCCGGUGCAGCAGGGCGGCGGCAAGAGUAAGAGCUACGACGAGCACUACGAGGAGAAGCAGCAGACGACGGAUAGCGGCAACAGUUCCGAGCAGGAGACCAACGACGAUGACUACUUCGCGAAGAACGACAAAUUUGCGCUAAAGCACAUUGCGCCCAUCAAAGAGGACCUCGAUGCCGAGGACGAGGAUGAGGACGAGGACGAGGACUUUGACGAUGGUGCCACAACAAAUAGCAACAAUAGCAACAGCCUGGACCUGUACCAGACGCCAGUGAGCAACAAAAAUAAGCGACGCGCACGCAAUGCUCCCGUCGAGUUUAGCGGCUCGAAUCCGAUGCGUUCGUGUCGCCGCAACGAUAGACGCAACUCCAGCUCCAUGUACGAGGAGAUGGUCAAGUCACAUUAUCUGCGACCGGCCAAGCGGGUUAGCUACUCGGAGCUCUUCAACGAGGAUGGCUAUCCGGUGAAAGCGGAUGCCAACAGCGAACAGUCGCCGGAAAGUUCGGACAAUGAGUCCGAUGAGUUUGUGCCGCCGUGUGCCAGGCGUUCGGGCGGUGCCAGUGCAGCCAAACAGCGCAUCUCACGCUCCUCCACUCGCGCCGUCACCCGCCGCCAGGAGUCAAAGCAACAGCAGCAGCAGCAGCAUCUAAAAUCUAAUGUCUCCGAACCCGUACCCAAAGCCAUGUCACGAAGUAAGCGUGCCGCGACACAGUAUCAGCUGGUGCAGGUGGAGGAGGAGCACAUAUUCUUGAUUGACUUUGGUCUGGCCUCCAAGUAUCAGGAUCGCGGCGUGCACAGGCCCUUUAUCAUGGAUCAGCGACGAGCGCACGAUGGCACACUGGAGUUCACCUCGCGCGAUGCACACUUGGGCGCGCAUUCGCGUCGCAGCGAUUUGGAGUGCUUGGGCUACAAUUUGCUGUACUGGUCGGAGGGUUAUCUGCCGUGGAAAGAUGUGGCCCAGCAGCAGCAGCAAGAGAAGGUGCAUCGCGCCAAGGAGCUGUUCAUGACCGAUGUGUGCGAAAUGCUGCGACAGUUCUAUGGCAAACAGGUUCCUAAAUAUUUGGGUGAAUUUCUGCAGCAGAUCGGACAGCUCGCAUAUCAGGAGCGGCCCAAUUAUGAGCGCUAUCGCAGCAUCUUCAAGCGCGAGUAUCGCCGCCUCGGCUACGACUGCAGCCAGAUGCAGUUGAGCAGCGAUGAGAUCUUGCGCACACGUGUCUCCUGCAUCAAGGAUGAGCUCGAUGGCGGCGCCAAGUGCGACAUAUUCGAGCUGAAUAAUAAAAUUGCAUGCAAUGUGAUGCGCUCCGCGACGCUCAGCACACCAUUCCAGGAGCAUUCGCUAACGAAUCGUGUCUCGCCCAAGAAUCUGCGUUCCAAGUCCAACAAAAAGAAUGCCAAGAAGAAGAAAUUCUCGUGGGCGGAAGUGCUGUCACAGGAUCCCGAUCAAAUAGCACGCGAACGUGCCGUCAAAGAGUUUGAGCGUGAGGAGGUCAUCUGCCCGUUGCAGUCGCGUCUGCCCAGGCGGUACGAGGGCAGGCCGACCUAUGCGAUAUUGGCUGUGGAGCAGAGCAGACGGGACAAGGGGCUGAGCGUGCAGGAGCACAACAACGAAGAGGCAAGUGAAACGGACAAAUACGAGGCGGCGGAAGAUAACGAUGAGGAUUAUGAGGAAGAGGAGGAGGAGGAUGAAGAGGAGGACCAGGAGGAGGAGGAAGAAGAGGAGGAGGAGGAGGAGGAGGAGGAGGACGAAGAAGAGGAGGAGGAAGACGAAGUUGACAUGGAAAAAGCGGAGCCAGAGGCAACAAGUGAAGACGAAGAGAUGGAUUAUCAGCAGAGCGACGAAAGUGAAGGCACGACACAGUCGGAGACAGUGCGUCGGGGCCGUGGGCGUCCGCGCAACAACAGUAAACUGAUUCAGGUGCAGCAAGCUCAACAACAGCAACAGCAGCUGGGUAAGGGCAAAGGCGCGACGCGCAAGCGAACCGGCAAAUUGAGAAACACAAAUGGAGAUAGUCAGCAGCAGCAGCAGCAGCAGCAGGAGGAGCAGGAGCAGCAGGAUCACAGGAUGAUUGUUACACCGUUAACAACAGUUGGGGGUAAUAAACGUGGCUGUGCCGCUCGCAAGGAGAACGCGACAAUGGCGUCCGCCACCGGCGAAUUGGAGCAACAUCAUCAUCAUCAUCAUCAUCACCACAACAACAACAACAACAACAACAAUAACAAUAACAACAAGCUAAAGUCCAGUCGAUCAGUGGAUCAGGAUCCAACCAAACAGCGGCGCACCCGUCGCUGUCUAUAUAAGACUGAAGCACACAUGCACGGCGAGCGGCAGCAGGAUGUGGAGAACAACUAUGCCACAAAUAUGCAGAAUGUGUACAGCGUGUGGCAAUACGAUGAUGAGAACAGCUACGGCAAGGGGCGCAAUGUCAACUCGUCCAGGCAUUGCCGCAAGUGAUACGAUAGUUAGUUAUCCCAAUAUCCUGCCCUCCCCACCCCUCCCCUACCUUACACAACAAAACAAAACAAAUAAUUAAUAGCUGCUGCUAAAUGGCAACAAAUUAGUGAAGCCUGGCAAAACUACAUGAAUUAACAGUAAAUACAAAUAACAGUUCUGCUGCGUUUUCAAGUAUUUUUUAGAAGUAAACUAUAGCCUAAGUGAAAGAGAGACACCAAGAGAGAGAGAGAGAGAGAGAGAGCGCGAGGUGAAUUUAGAAAGGUUACGCCUUCAUUGGAUCAAUGUCUGUUCAUAAAGUUGUUGCAGCACACUUAAAAAAAGUGAAAAAGCACAGAAUUUUGUGUCAUUUCUAUCGUUCUUUCAUUUUAUACAACAUUUUUAAGGACAUAUUCAGCAGAAAUUGUUACAGUACGUACAUGCAGACAUAUAUAUACAUAUAUAUAGGAGAGAUGAAUGUGUAGGCACUGAGACAGGUGCACCGUUAGGUUAUAAAUUGGCCUUGAUAGCAAAUUAUUGUUUAAUUUUAAUUUUAUUUGAAAGUUUUUAAGUUACGCUCGCUUUAAGUCGCACCCGAAUCGAUUAUAUUACAUAAAUGAUAAUAUCCCCUCAAAAGAAAAAAAAAAAAAAGGAAAAAAAAGUAUUUAACUAGAUGAAGGUUAUUAUUGCAUAAAACAUAAUUAUUAAGUUUAAGCUAGGCUAUAAACUGCGUAUAUAAAUAAAAUAACUAGAAACUGUAUGUCAUUAACGAUUACCUAUAUAA